AACUCCUCAUCGCUCACCCUCCCGCUCAAACUCAAGACCAAAACCUGCGAAACAGAGAAGAUCUCCCGAUCGACGAUGGCCGGAAGAGGAAAGGCACUGGGCGGCGCCGCCGCCGCCGCAUCGGCGAAGAAGCUGAGCUCCUCCCGCAGCUCCAAGGCCGGCCUCCAGUUCCCCGUCGGCCGCGUCGCCCGCUUCCUCAGGACCGGCAAGUACGCCGACCGCCUCGGCGCCGGCGCGCCCGUCUACCUCGCCGCCGUGCUCGAGUACCUCGCCGCCGAGGUUCUGGAGCUGGCCGGGAACGCCGCGAGGGACAACAAGAAGACCCGGGUCGUGCCGAGGCACAUCCAGCUGGCGGUGCGGAACGACGAGGAGCUCGGACGUCUGCUCGGCGCCGUCACCAUCGCCAACGGCGGCGUCCUGCCCAACAUCCACAGCACCCUGCUGCCGAAGAAGGCCGCCGCCGGAGCCGGUUCCCGGAGCUCCGCCGCCGCCGCCGCCGCCGUCGACGCCUGAGCGAAGUUCGAAUCUUUUAGGGAUUGUUGGUAGGAACGGUGGAAAUGGGAAUGUUUGUUUUUGAGGUUUCGAACGAUCCGACAUGUAAAUUUGAAAAUCGAAUGCGAAAUGGAGCGCGAUUGAAUCGAA